AAUUCUCUGAAUGUUGAGAAAAGUGAAUUAGAAUGUUUUUUGUUUUUUUAUGUAUCAAUUUAAUGUGAUUUUUUUUUUAAUUUUUAUUCAUUUUCUUUUGUAUGGUAAAUAUUUUUCUUCAUAUGAAAAUCAAUUUUUAUGAUUUCUAAGCGCAAUGAAUUCGACUCUUGAGAAAAAGAAUAAAUAUUUCAUUCUUUUGAUUGAUCGAAAUGACUGAAAUAGGUUGGAUAUUUUCACAAUGUUUCAAGUAUGGCCGAAAGAAGAAAAAUCGAUAAAGAAAAUUCUUCUCGAGAAAAUAAAGAAAGAAAAAAUUGUUUUCUAAAUCAUAAAAACGAAAAAGUAAUAGAUAAAAAUUUCAAUUCUAGAAAAUACUGUGAUAAAUUAUUAAGAAAAAAUUGUCAUCACAAUUUGAGGUACAAUGAUUAUUUCCUACAUCAUUUUACAGAUGACAAUAAAAUAAAAUCAAAAGAAAAUAAUUCAUCAAAAAGUGAAUUCUCAAAUUUGAUGAAAGAUGAAAAUAAAAAUCGAAAAAAAGAAAAGAGAGAGGAGAAAAAUGAAUUUUUCAAAUUGGAUCAGAAUUUUAUUUCUUCUAAUAAAAAUAUAGAGAAUAAAUUAGAAAAUUUUGAAGGAUCAGCUCGAACUCGAGGAUUUUAUUCUCCUAAAAAGAAAAAAUUUGAAAUUCAAAAUAAAAAAGAUUCACUUGAGAAUUUGAAAAACGCGUCAAAAUUGUACAAUCAACGAAAGAAAAAUUUUGAAAAACGAUCAAAAGAUUUCAAUUCUCGUAGAAAAGGAAAAAAAUAUUUAGAUUCAAUAAAUUCGAUUAAUUCAUGUGAUUCUAAAAUUUUAGAAAUUAAAAAAAUUAAAAAUUUACUUGAUCUUUCAAAUCAACAACUAACGAAUUUCAAUACAAAAUAUUCAUAUAAAUCAAAUAAAAGUCAAUCAUCCAGCGAUUAUUCAUUUCAAAAUGAUGUAGAAAAAUCAAAACUGUCGAAAGAACAAUUUUCAUUGGAAAAUAAUUUAAAAAAUAAAAUAAACGAUGAAAAAAAAAAUAAAGAAGAAAUUAUUUCAAAAAAUUUAGAUCACAAAAAUGAAAUAAAAUCAAGAAUUUCCAAAAAGAAUAAAAUUACUAAAAGAAAAUAUGAAUAUUCAAAUCAUAAUAAUAAAACUUCUCAACUGGUGAAUUUUCUACGAAAACUAAUUAACGAUGAAGAUAAUAAAAAAAUUGAUGACAAUAGUAAAAAUUACAAAAUUUCUAAAAUUGAUUCCUGUGUAAAAAUUAAGGAAAAUAUAAAAAUAGAUUCAAGUUGUGAAAGUAGUGGAUACGAUUCGUUAAAAAAUAUAAAAGAACAAACUUGUGAAAUAAUUAACGAUCAGCAAUCAUUUAACGAGACUAAUAAUAAAUAUGAAAUAACAAAAAUGAAAAAUAAUUUCUUAGAAUUCAUUAAAAGUCCAAAUUUUGAAUAUUUUAAAAAAUUUGAUAAUAUUCAAUUUAUUAUUGAUUCGAAAAAUUUUUGUUUAUAUAAAAUUUAUAAAAAUAGUGAAGGCGAAAUAUUAUUGAAAGAAUCAUCAAAUAUAGAAUUUAAUAAAAAUGACUAUAUUAUUGGAAAACGAAUUUUUAAAAAACCCGAAGAAUUAGAAGAAUAUCCCCAAAAAAAUGAAUUAUUACAAAAAAAUUCCAUUAGGGAAUUACGUGAAUUUCAAAAUAAUUCCACACAAACUGAUGAAUUAUUCAAUAGUGAAACUUUUAAAAAAAUCAUAAGAAAGCACAAUUGGUUUCGAGGAAAAAAUUAUAGAAAAAAAAAUCAAAGAAAAAAAAAUUAUUCAAUUGAAUCGACGAGUAAUUCAAGUUUUCCCGAAUCGUCAGAUUGUGAACAAUUUAAUUUGCCAAUGAAGUUGAAAAAAAAGAGACAAGUCAAUUCUUCGCCUACUGAAAAAUAUUUAUCACAUUCUCCAAAAUCUAAAACAAUUAAUACAUGUGAUUUAAAAUAUUCAUGCAUGAAAAUUCCGGAAAAUCAAAUAAUAAUGUUAUUCAAUUCCUCAUCACCGGAAGUUGAAAAGAAUUUGAAAUGUUUGUUGAAAAGAAAUUAUUUUCAUUUAAAACCAACUUUGGUUCCAAUACCUUGGUUGAAUUUAGAAAAUUUUGAAUUUUCUUCAGAGAAAAUGAAAUUAAAUGAAUUAUUGCAAGUAAAUAAAGAAGAAAAUUGCAAUAAUUUUCAAUCGACAGCUACUAAUAGUAUGUCAGAAAAGAAAUUAGAAACUCAUGAUCAAACAGUGAGGAAGAAAAAAAAAUCUAAACCAUAUUUUAGAAUUUUUAAAAAAAAGAAAAAGUAAUAGAGAGUAAAAAAAUAUUUUGUUGAUAUUUCAAUUGAUUUAGGGCAAAUUGAAUUCGAGUGUUUUAUGAAUUCUGUACAAUAAAAAUUCAUUUAAUGAAAAAUUGUGUCAAAUAAAAAUUCAAAAAAUGAAAAUUCCUCUAAAAAAUAAUUUUAUCUUAUAUAAUUCUUUCAAAUCAAAAAUAAUUGUAACUAAUGAUUUUUAUGGGAUAAUCCACUAACUUUUUUAAAAAUGUUUAAAUUUGCAUGAAACUUUGUACUUGAACAAAGAGGCAGAUAGAAAGAUAAAUAUAUACUUUCAUCCUUAUUACACUCAUUGUUCAACGUAAAACGGAGCGGUUUGAAUUAAAUCAUGUAAACGCAGCCUAACAAUUAAAAACAAUGACGGCGCGUAAAUGCAAAAACGUAUUAAAAACAGAAUUUUUUAUCACAUUAUCAAAAAUC